UUUAGUCACGUGUUUAAACCUGUGUUUGUAUUAUUUUUCUCUACUUUGUAGUUUUAAUUGAAGUUAAUUUAAAUAAAAAUUAACAUUUAAUUGUAUUUAAAACGUUUAAUUAUGAAUAUGACAACACCGUUGGAGUGCUUCGAUUACAAAGUUGUUAAAUUAAAGUUUAAAGAUGAAUCGGAGACUGUCCACCAUGUUUUAAUGAAGGAGCAUUCUGUACGAGAAACAUGUUCGAAAAAACCGCCCAAAAGGACUCUGUUCAUAUUGGGGACUCCGCCUUUUGUCACAGAGGAGGCAUACAAAAAUGCUUUCAGCCCUUUUGGCUCAGUCGAAGAAGUGUUCUUUCAACAGUCACCUUCGUCGAUGUUUAUACAGGAGAAUGAAUCACAAUUUUUCAAAGACUACAAUGCUGUCGAGGGAUUCAAAGUAGCCUAUGUAGUUUUUCAAGACCCUAAAGGACUUAGUAAAGCACUUUUGUCUUCAAACGUACUAAUUCUUUCCAAGCCAGAGAGUUCCAUUCUCACAGGAAUCACAAAAUGGUGCAGACAGUAUAAUAAACAAUUCAUAAAUCACGAGGAUCUUCAAAACGAAAUAGACUCUUACAUGAAAAAAUACGACCAAGAUGUAGCUGAGCAGGAGCGGAGAGAGAAAGAAGAGAUGCAGCCAGACGAAGACGGUUGGAUUAAAGUGACAAAAAAGGGAAGACAUCCUGGCUUUGCAAGGAAGGAAAGUGUACACAAUAAGAUUAUGAAAAAGGAAGAUCAAAAGAAGGCGAAAAAACAACUCCUCAACUUUUACCGUUUUCAGAUUCGACAAUCUAAAAUGGACCAUUUGGUCAAGCUGAGGGAGAAAUUCGAAGAGGACAAAAAGAAAAUAGAGCUGAUGAAGCAAAAUAGGAAAUUCAAACCGUUUUAAUUAUUUUCUUUGGUGAAUUUGUAUAUAUUAAAAAAAUAUUACAUUUAUUAUUGUAAAAAAGAAGUAAAAAUAUUAAGGAACAAUGGCAAUGUCUUGCACUAAAAUGUCGAGAGCUUCAUUGUAAGGGAGACUCUGCAAAUGACGUCGAAGAUCCUCUGAAAAAAAAAAAAAAUGCGGCAUCUUUUUACUGUUGGUAAAUA